AAAGAAGAGAAACCAAACUGGCGCCAUCCAAGUGUAAGAAGCAGGAUUUGUCAAAUGUACAGAAUUUUGGAUCACGUGACGAAAGCGUGUUUCCCAUCAUUACUACUGAAGGCGUUACACGAUUGACGUCUGACGAUACGCGCACACACCGACUCGGAUGUAGCCGGGUUCAGGCUUCUCUGUGAUAACAAACCUUCGCCGCUAAAGAAGGCAUUCGGUUCGUUUGUCGGGUCAAAUAUCCACUAUGAUCACUAGGAGUAGGUGGCACACAAUUAACAGUUUCAAACGGCAGAAUGCUUUGGAAGUGCAUAACAUUGAUAACAGAGAAGAUAAGAUCAGCAAUUUACCUGAUUCUAUUCUUCAUCACAUUCUUUCAUAUCUUCCUACCAGAGAUGUUCUAGGGACAUGUAUACUAUCAACAAGGUGGAAGAAUCUUUGGACUUGUGUUGAAAACAUUGACUUUGAUGACUCAUUGCUCUACUCAAGUGGGAUUUUUGGUUAUCCUGUGAAUGUUACUUGUUUCAUGCACUUUGUCCAGAGAAUUCUUCAACUUCGAGAAGAAUCAGACAUAAAAAAGUUUCGCCUUUCCUGCCGUGUUUGCUUCAGUGCCUCUCAUGUUUGUUCAUGGAUUUUAGCUGCUAUUAGGCAUAAUGUUAAAGAGCUUGAUCUUUGCCUUUUUGUAGAAGAGCCUUUUAUGUUGCCUCAAUGUGUUUUCAGUAGCAAGACACUUACUUCUCUAAAACUUGAAAUGAAUUGUGUACUUGAACUACCUGCUAGUACUUUCUUUCCUUUCCUUAGAACGUUGCACCUAUGUCUUGUCACAUUUCGGGAUGAUAGCUCAACCCAGAGGCUGUUUUCUGGUUGCCCUAUGCUUCGAGAGUUGGCUAUAUUAGAUUGUGAAUGGAUGAACUUGAAGCAUGUUGCAAUUUCAAUCUCUACAUUAAAGAGUUUGACAAUUGAUGAUUUGCCUUUCUUUGGCUCCACUGAUGAUCUAAAUGGCUGCGAAAUCAAGAUUGAUGCAUCAAGUCUUAGUUUCCUUAAGUACAGUGGUUAUCUCUCAAAUGAGAUAUAUUUGUAUAAUCUAUCGCCCUCCGUCUAUGCAUCCAUUCACAUCCCAAUUCUCUAUGAGAAGCGAAAUGAAAUUGCUUUUCGUGCUGUUAAGCUCUUUAGAGGACUACACAAAAUUAACGCUGCGAGAAUAUCUAGCAGGGCUAUUGAGUCUCUCUUUAUCGCAGACAUAGAGAAAGACCGACUUCCAGUAUUUUAUAACUUGAUGCAUUUGGAGUUGAGUAUGGAACUUGAAAAUCAUACGAUUGGACCAUUGAAGGAACUGCUCCAAUGUCUGCCAAAGUUGCAAUCACUUCAUUUUUCUGAAGGACUUGCCCCCUGCAUGCGCCUCUGUGAAGAUGACUGGAACUUGAGAUAUGUACCGUCCUGUUUCUUGUCUAGUCUCAAAACAGUAACAUACAGCAAUUUUCAUGGUAAUAACACAGAAAUUUCUUUUUUAAGAAAUUUGGUGAAAAACACAAUAGUUUUGGAGAAGCUGAACAUAAUGUGUUCAAAGAGACGUUUCGGGGAUCCAAAGAAGCAAAAUGAAGUUAAAGAUCAACUGCAAAGUCUUCACAGGGGAUCAAUGUCUUGUGCUAUCAAGUUUAUGUAAAACCUCAAAGAGCCUUUACCUGAGUAUGUGAUGCAGUUUUCUACAAGCAGUUAGUUUGCAAGCAUUUGUUGCGGCUCUUGCAGAUCGCUGGCUAUGAUCUUUUGAUUCCUAUUAUGAGUGCAACACCAUGCUUUAGUAUGCUUGUCCUACUUCAUACAUCAGUUAUUGUUUUUGGUAAUGCCGUCUCCAGGUUCAUGUAAAUCAGUUGGAACUUCUUUUGGCACCUAGGUCACAAAUCUUUAAAGGUCUUUUUGGAGUAGUGGAAUCUGACUGUAUUGGAACAGGUAAACAGUUAGCUUAGCUAAGGAACCUUUGACCUCUUUUGUCUUUUAUUUUGUGAGGAUAGGCAUAGAUGCUAGGAUGAUGAUUUUGUGAUUGUUUUCUUUAUUCAGAAGGAAUCAAACAUUGUAAAUCUACUUAGUCAUGUGAACAGUAAGAAUAGGGGAAAUAUUGUAUCAUAGUUUGGUUUUUGGGAGAGAAAGUUACACAUGCAUUGAUCAAGUUCCUA